GAUGCGCAGAGUGGAUCGAGUGUCGCCGAUGCCCGGAGUUCGUGCUCCGCGUUUCGUUCGGUUGCAGUCAUCUGUGUCGCCUUGGCCGUCGCGAGACGUUGAUACAGAGUGUGGAAAACUGACCGGGCGAUUUCCCUGGCAGUCCGAGAUCGUCGAAUCCUCGUAACCUCGUCAGCUGAUCCCCUGGAAGCAAUUGAUCGAUUACAGUGUCGUGGCGACGGACGAGCCGACUGACGACUGACGUAACGUCGUCCCGACUAAAAAACACACCUUAGAUAUUAAGUGUCAGAUUAUUCGACGCCAUGUUCUCCGGUCUCACCAGCCAGGUGUCCAACUGGAUGGGCAAGAAGAACGACGACGGCACCGAAAUACCCGCCGAGGAAAAGCAGCCAGCCGCCUCAUCCCCAGGGGCCGAACCCGAGUUCGAGGCCGACAAAAAGGACUCUAGCCCAACGAAAGGAAGCAAGCUCGAGAUGCUGGCCGGAGUGAAAUCGCAGAUGUCCGGUUGGCUGAGCGGAGGAAUUCCGGGGCUGAGUCGCGGCGCCGGAGUCGCGGGGCAAGCAGAAGGUGAGCUUCCGGCGUCCUCCGAAACCGCAGAAAGCCAAACAUCGCGGGAAAGCGUUCAGGGUUCCGCAUCUGACCAUGUAAAAGACGAUGAUGCUAGCAGGUGGGUUGCUGGGUAUGUGUGUGUUCGGUGUUCUGGAAUUUUUUUAGUAUCAACCAAAGCAAUAGCCGGAGCGAAAAGCCUCGGUGGAUUUCUUUACAGCGCAGUCAACAAGGCUGGAAAAUCCGUGGUCGAAGCCAGUGCAAAGAUCAAGAAAACGGUCGAGGAGAAUGUCAGCAAUCAGAGUCUCCUCGGCGAGUUCAACAAGGAGCAGGACGCCUUCAUCGCGAGUAAGCAGGGUGAAAAAGGAGAAGCUGUUGCACCCUGGGUGGGGGCGCCAAACGAGGAAGCUCUUCGCGAGGAGUGCUUAGCCCUAUCAACUGAUCGACGUAAUUUCGUGAGAGCUCCACCACCGGGUGUCGAAUUUGUCUGGGACUUCGAGGCUGCUCAGCCAGUGGCGCAAGCCACCCUUGCGUUGGAUCCGAACUUGGAAACAAUGAGGUUCGAGCUGGUGCCCAAAGUGAUAUCGGAGGAGAACUUCUGGCGCAAUUAUUUCUACCGAGUUUCACUUUUGCGCCAGAGUCACGAGCUGAACGCAAUGGCUAGUCAAACGGAAAGCAAUCAGAACCUUAUAUCGUCAGGCAGCAUCGAUCACACUCAAGAUGACCAGGUGAAGAAGCCCGAGGAUCGAACUGCAUCGGCGCCCAUUGGCGAGGAUCGGGAAUCUUCGACAGUCGAUUCGCCAGGUCAUGAAUUUAUAUCAGACACAAUGAGGGCCUCCGAUACGGAUAUUCGAGAGGUCAGAGAGGGGAUGAAGAAACUGGGAAUGCAGCCGCCUAAAGAAGAAGAAUGGGAACGAGAAUUGGAAGCGGAGCUUCGUGACUUCGAGGUCGUUCCUGGACAGGAGAAAACAACGACGAGCGGAGGAACUGGAUCUUUGAAAGAUGGUACAUUGGGGAAGGACGACUGGGAGGAGCAAAUCGACGAGUUGCUCGGCGAAGAGGAUGAUCUCAAGUGAACUGCCUAGUCGUCGACGAGGAUCAUCUCUGCCCAGUAAAUUGACCUCGACGCUUCUUCACUUACCUUAUUAUUCCUUCAUCCAUUCAUACGCAAUAAAUAAGAACGAGUGGUUUGG